AUGGGGUCCAUCUCAGAAGACCAUACUUCUCACCUUGAUGGCACCAAUGGGGAUGUGCACGCCUCCAUUCCGUCCAAUCUCGAAGACCUGCCCGAUCUCUACGGCUGGCCUCGAGAGAAUGAGAGGGGCUACCGUAUUCGCGAAAUGCCCUCGGAGUCGUAUCGACCCCUCCGAGUUGUCGUGCUGGGCUGUGGAGCGUCGGGGAUAUCGUUUGCGAAAUUCGCACAGGACGAUCUGAAGAACGUCGACUUCGUCUUGUACGAGAAGAACAGCGACGUGGGCGGAACGUGGCUCGAGAAUCGAUACCCCGGAUGUGCCUGCGACGUUCCAAGUGUCACGUACCAGUUCACCUGGGCACCCGACACUUGGUCCCAUUUCUACUCCGAAUCGCCCGAGAUACACCGCUACUUUAGACGGGUGGCUGAAAGGUACAACGUUCUGAAGUACACUAAGCUCAACCAUGCAGUCACGAACGCGCUUUGGGACCAGGAGAGUGGCAAGUGGAAGAUCACCGUCCGGAACGAGGUCACAAAGGUGACUUUCGUGGAUGAGUGCGAUGUUUUCGUCAAUGCCGGAGGUCCCUUAAAUCAUUGGAACAUGCCCAAGAUUGACGGGAUAGAACGAUUCCAAGGGGUCCUAGCGCACACUGCCAAUUAUCCCGAGGGGCUCGACCUCCAGGGCAAGAGGGUCGCAGUUUGUGGCAUUGGAUCCAGCGGCAUACAAGUGAUUGCUUCGAUCCAGAAGGAAGUGUCCAAGUUGUAUACUUGGAUAAGAACCCCAACCUGGGUCCUCGGCUCGUUUGGAGCAAAGUACAUGCGAGAACCGGACACCAACUCAGCCUAUACCGAAGAAGAACUUCGGCUGAUGCGACAAGAUCCGACGACCUAUUUGAAAUAUCGAAAGAACAUUGAGCUAAGUAUCAGUGAAGGGUUUGGUGUGUUUUUCAAGAAUACCCCAGAGGCGAAUGCCGCGAGGGAGAUUGCCAGCAAGGAGAUGCGUUCGAAACUGGCAAGUCGGCCUGCUAUUGCCGAUGCUCUGAUCCCAAAGGAUUUCCCUGUGGGAUGCAAGCGACCAACGCCUGGAAUCGGAUUCUUGGAAGCCCUCUGUGCCGACAACGUCGUCACCUACCCGGGCGGACAAUUGACCACUAUCACCGAAAAGGGCAUCCUCGACCCAGCUGGCCAAGAAGAGGAGGUCGACGUGAUUAUCCUAGCGACAGGAUUCAACACGACCUGGAUUCCUCGGUUCCCAAUCGUCGCCAACGGCAAAAAUCUCCAGGACAUGUACAGAGAAAACCCCCUAUCGUAUCUCGGUAUCGCCGCGCCGGAGAUGCCAAACUACUUUACCUACUACGGACCUUACGGACCCCUCGGCCAAGCCAGUGCAGUGGUCAUGAUCGAAUUCUUCACACGGUACUUCAACGCAGCCAUUCGGAAGAUUCAGGCCGAAUGGAUCAAGAGUCUGGCGCCGCGGAUGGACGUCGCAAAGGAAUUCCAGGAACAUGCCGAUCUCUACUUGAAGCGCACCGUCUGGGAUUCCAACUGUCGAAGCUGGUGGAAAGGCGGCAAGGUUGACGGGAAGAUCAUGCUGUACCCCGGAUCGCGAACUCAAUAUAUGGAACUCAUCAGCACACCGAGAUACGAAGACUAUGAUAUAAAGUACCACGACGUGAAUCGAUGGGCUUUCUUGGGCAACGGAUGGUCGACCCGAGAUUAUGACGGGAGGGACAUAACGUGGUUUUGGGGCAUGGUAAACGGUCGGGAUAGGAAGGAAGAGUAUGAGCUACAAUGGAAGGCCUCUGCGGAAGAUCCAGAAAGCUACCAUGCGCCGGACGAUCAGAAGGUGCAAGACGUGUUGAUCUCGCCCAAUGCUCUCUGAAAGAUCGACCAAGCCCGACGUAGACAGCGC